GUGGGCUGCAGGUGCUCUUUUCCAGAGAGGUCAGUGACUGUCUGCUUUCUUAAAGAGCUGAAGUGAUCCAUUUAGUGGUAUAAAGUGUUCCAGAAGGAAUUAGUUUUUGGCGCAAGUUUGAGUUGGAGAGAAGUGUGUCCAAACAUGAAGGCACCUGGAGGAUUCAGUCAUGUUUUGACUAAGUGGUGGGACGCAAAUGCUAUUGAUGAUAUCAGGCCUGCAGAAGAGAUAUCUGGAAAACCAGAUGUUGCAAAGAGGGCUCUCUAUGAAGUGUCUACUCUAUUGCAUCAAAAUCCACGCAAAGACAAACCUCCUACAAACUUCCCUGUGCCUUAUGGGGGCCAAAGUUUUCAUCCUCCUGGACCUCCCACGACAAGUGUGCAUUCACCAGGAAAAUCAAUGUGGCCACCUAGGAAUUCUAGUUCUCAUGGUAUGCCACCGAUGCCAUGGAUGGGGGGAUAUGGAAACCAGCCCUCUGGAUUUGGAUCUGGUGGCUUUAAUGAUGUUCCUCCUGGACACAGGGGAGAAACUUCAGCUGAAUUUUCUAUGAAAAUUUUGUGCUCGGCAGGGAAGAUCGGUGGAGUUAUAGGCAAGGGAGGCUUUAAUGUAAAACAGUUACAGCAGGAGACUGGAACUAGUAUUCAUGUUGAAGAUGCAUCGACAGAUUCAGAUGAGCGUGUGAUUCGUGUCUCUGCUAUUGAGGGGCUUUGGAACCCAAGAUCGCAAACUAUUGAUGCAAUCCUUCAGCUUCAGAAUAAAGCAGGUGAAUUCUCUGAGAGAGGUACUAUCGUUACUAGACUUCUUGUUCCAUCAAGUAAGGUUGGAUGCAUCCUUGGGCAAGGAGGUCAUGUUAUCAAUGAGAUGAGAAGGAGAACCCAGGCAGACAUUCGUGUUUACUCUAAAGAUGAUAAGCCUAAGUGUGCCUCUGAGGAUGAAGAGCUUGUGCAGAUAUCUGGAAAUUUUGCUGUUGCUAAAGAUGCUUUGGCAGAGAUUGGAUCAAGACUUAGAGUGAGAACUCUGCGGGAUGUUGGAGCAGAACCUGUUCCUGUUGGGCCUGUCCAGCGAUUUGGCUCUGCUGGAAGCUUACCAGGCAGGGGACCCCCAUUAUCUGGCACUAUGAGAGCCGGCAGUUCUGGUGGAUAUGAUUCUCUCAGGGGUGGACGUGACUACGAACCUCAGAGUUAUCCUGUUCCCCCACCUGCUACUGGGUACCCAAAUAUGAACAGUGGUUUGGAGACCAGGAUUCAUAACAACACAAUUGGUUAUAUUAUGGAAACUGGGGGGAGCAGCAUUUCGAAUGUCGGUGAGGUUGCUGGAGCUAGGAUUAAGCUCCAAGAUCCUCAGUCCGGAGGCUCUGAGUGUGUGGUUGACAUCCGUGGAUCUUCUGAGCAUUUGGCAGCUGCACAGAGUAUACUUAAGUCCUAUAUGACCUCUUCUGGGCCGAAUAUGAGUGCCCAACAGGCCCCCUACCAGAGCAUGGACUCCCAGCAAAACUCGUAUCAGAACAUGAGUGCACAACCAAGCUCGUAUCAAAACAUGAAUGUGCAUCAAAAUUCAUAUCAUAGCACGGCCGCGCAGCAGAGCUCAUUUCAUGACAUGAAUAAUGCGCUGCCACUAAGCUCAUAUCAUAACAUGAAUGCGCAGCAAAGGUCGUAUAAUAACAUGAAUUCACAGCAAAGCCCCUAUCAGGGCAUAAAUGCACAGCACAGCCCGUACCGAAACAUAAACGCUCACCAGAGCCCCUACUCGACGACGAAUGCUCAGCAGGGGGCCUAUCACAACAUUAAUGCUCCACCCAGUGCUUACCACAACAUCAGUGGGCAACAAGGCACAUACCAGUACUGAUUUCUGAUCUAGGCAAUUUUUGUACCAUAAUAUGCUCUCAUGUUUCUUAAUUUGAUGAUCACAGCUAGUUUAUUAGUCUGCAAACAGGAUUUAGAGAAGCUGUCACAUGACUGGGCUUCUUUUAGGUUUCAAUGUUUCAUCUACACAAAUAUUCUCUUCGAUGCUGUUUACUUUUCGAGCAAAUUGUAAACGUGUUCCAGUAGCCUGGGAAUUUAAUUAAUCUUUAGCCUGAUCACUGUAUAGACAAAUCAUGGUCGAUUGUUGUUUUUAA